GAAACCGUCCCGGAACUGGUCAAUAGACGAAAUCCUUGUAGUAGUUGAUGAUGAUGAGGUACAAAGAUAACUAGAAGUGGAUGAGACUCCGUAACAGAGGUAAAGACGUGAAUUCAACUACCGGAGGAAUCAACCUCGAUAAAAUCCACUGCCCUUUAGGGCCGUUUCACACUGGCGACCAGUCGCUGAACAACCACCAGGUAGAAAAGCAUAGUACGAGCUUACACACGAGGGCGACCGCGACCAAUGGCCGCCGUCGACCAAUUUGCAGUGAGCGACGCACAGGAGACCAACGACCACGAGAUACAUAGAUGGCAAUCACGCGUUCACCUUGCGGGCGACUCAGUCAGCGACCAGAGCUCAGAGAGGUGACAUAUCCAUUGUUUCUUCUUUUCGCCCGUCGUGUUCAUGUCACUCAAGUGAUCAGUAUAUCAUGAGUUUUGAUACUGAAAGAUUUAUUUCGGCCGUAGAGUCACGAAGAGUCAUUUGGGACCUUGCAAGUCCCGAUUAUACAAACAGGGAGUUGAAAAAAGGGUGCACCCAAUGUUUUCUACUCCUUUUUUGACGUAAAUACGUCUAUAUUUUAGGGUCAGUGUUAUUCGGCAAAAAUGUGUUACGAAAAAGUGUAACUUCAUUGUUAUGUUACUUAGGAAACCUCAUCUGUUUACUCAGCAUUGUUGUUACCUAGGAAACAAUAUAUGAACUUCCUUUCCGUAUAGACGUAUUUACGUCAAAUUCUCCGGAACCGUGGUUCCACUAUCACUUUUUUCCUGUUUCUAUUAGUGGAACGAUUUUUUAUCGUUAUAGUGAUCUCCUCGACGUCCGUACUGCUUGACUGCUUCCAAAUUACUGAGGCUGAGGUCUCUGUCUGCGCUCGUCGCCCUGCUGAUGGUUUUGGUCGUUCAGCGACUGGGUCGACAGUGUGAAACGGCCCUCAAGCUGAUGACUGCACGCCAGAGUGAAAGCGAAGAUGACUCGAAUAAUCAUCCUGGCGGCCUUUUCAUUCACGCUUCUUUACACAUUUGCGUGUCAUUAUCACACAACGGUAACUGGGCACUUUGGCAAAAGCGGUUUCUUAACUAAUUUACUCACAAGGAAUGGCACGGAUAAUAAAUCUCAAACAAACAGCGAAAUAAUAGAACUCGGAUACACGAAUGAACUAAGAGAAGGAAGUCACGAUGAAUCAGAAUUAAAAAUAAACGCAAAAGAAAUAAAUCCAGAAAAACUCACAGAAACCAAUCGGGUCAACAUCAUUGAAAAUACAUCUGACCAAUCACAACCAUCAAAAAUGACUUCAAUUAACGAGACUACACCCGUACCAGCUACUCAAACUACUUUCCCGGAAGAAAAUCACGGUGCAGCUAGAUGUCAAUAUAAUUUAGAAUGGACAGAUGUUCAUACGGAACCAGUUCGUGGGGACAACCACAUUAUAUUUCUUGAAACACGAUGCGUGUUAAAUGACUCGAGGACUAUCAAUCAAUCAGGUCUGAUUAUACAUCAACGUGGAGCUUGUGCUGUUGAAUCAGCUGCUAAGAUGAAUCCAAAUACAAAGAUAUAUCUAAUUUAUACCUGUUCGAUAAAUGGCAGACUUGAGGAUUCACCAGAAUACGUGAAACAGAUGUUGUCGUAUUCAAAUGUGAGGUUAUGGAAACUAGAUAUUUCAGACUACGUUAAAGACACGCCAAUGGAAAACUGGGAUUUUACUGGCAAAGUUAAAUCAUCGAAAUGGCCACUAUUUCAUUCCAGUGACAUACUGAGGUACCUAACCCUCUGGAAAUAUGGUGGCACAUACCUCGAUCAGGAUUUUGUAAUUUUAAAGUCGCUGGACGCCCUGGGAAGAAAUUACGUUGGGGCACAGUCUCCGGGAUACAUCGCCAGUGGAGCCUUGGAUUUCGCCAUGGACACUCCCGGUCGAACAGUAGCCCACUUGUGCCUCCGUGAUAUUCUAAGGAACUUCCAGGGGCAAUCAUGGGCCCAAAACGGCCCAGCAGUUAUCACAAGAGUUCUUGAACUCAUUUGUGGAACCAAAACUAUAAAUGAAAUGACCAGGAAGGAAUGUUUAGGAUUCGCCGUAUAUCCACAAAACGUAUUCUACACCAUUCCUUAUCAGUCUUGGGCAUUAUUAUUUGAUGAAUCACGGACCAGCGAUACCAUGAAGAAGGUGGAAGGCAGUUACGGAGUACAUGUCUGGAACAAGAUGAACAGCGAAAAGAAUAUCGAUGUAGGAUCGAAGUCAGCGUACAGUCUGUUGGCAGAGAAACACUGCCCCCGGGUGUACUGGAACUGUGGACCUACAUUCUGAUUUCUCUUUAACUCACUGUCCUUUGUACCUUAAUAUGAAACAUUUUAAAUAAACAAUUUCUAAUUUAUAAUUCUCA